AUGGAGGAAGACACUGGUUCUGACUCGCUAUCCCGGCCGGAUUUGCGGCUGCAAGCGACUACGUUCGCUGGAUAUACCGCUCCGUCCCUGUCACCUGCCUUCAAGUUGGAUGAAGGCUACUCCGAUGACACACGGAGCCAGUCAGACAAGGAUCUCGUAUCUGACAAUGUCAUGUCGCUUCCAGAAUGGGUUCUAGCCCAGAGUGAGGCUGAUCGCGCUGAAUUCGCGUACAGCUUACUUCGAUCUCUCUCAACCACUACUCUUGCCGGCGUCGUCGACCGUCUGAAUCCCCUUCUCCACAUGGACCCCGUCGUCAAAUUACCUCCCGAACUCACCUUUCAAAUAUUCUCGUAUCUUGAACCCCGCACACUCCUGACGGCCUCGCUCGCGUCUCGCUCAUGGCGAAGUCGAAUCUUGGACUCCGGCCUGUGGCGUGUGCUGUACAUUGACGAGGGUUGGCGAGUCGAUACACGCGCUAUUCGCAACUUCGAGCAAGAGCAUGCUGAAGCAUUGUCACCUCAGACCCGCCGCUCGCGCCCUCGACACUCGGAGCCGGACUUGGGCGAACCAAAGCUUAAGAAGCGUGUGCCACCCUCAUGGUAUGACACACGAGGCGCAGACGGUCAAGGAUCGUCGAAUGGCAAGGUUGGACCAGAUAACGAGGGUGAUCACCACAUGGCUGAUGCGAGCGAUCGAGGAACACAUACCUCGAUUGAGAAACCAGGACUUGCGUCACCAAGUCUUGCUCACAACUCAAUCGCGUUCCUCCAGCCCCCUUUGAAAUCGUCGCUACUCACGCGAACGCCAAAUGGAUCCGUUAGGGUGAACUGGGUGCAUCUCUACAAGCAACGGCGACGUCUUGAAGCUAAUUGGCACCAUGGCCGGUACACUAAUUUCCAACUGCCUCACCCGUCCUACCCGGAGGAUGCGCACCAAGAGUGCGUUUAUGCUAUCCAGUUCCAGGGCAAAUGGCUGGUCAGUGGAAGCCGAGACAGGACGGUUCGGGUAUGGGACCUUGAAACAAAGCGACUCUGGCACCGCCCUCUGCGUGGGCAUCUCAAAUCAGUAUUGUGCCUGCAAUUCGAUCCAAGCCCCGAAGAAGAUGUCAUCAUUUCUGGCAGUAGCGACAAGAGUGUGAUUCUGUGGAAGUUCUCGACGGGGCAGAAGCUCCAUCAGAUUACUAAUGCCCAUGCUGAUUCGGUGCUAAAUCUUAAAUUCGAUCAUCGGUACCUUGUGACUUGUUCGAAAGAUAGAACCGUCAAAGUAUGGAAUCGACAUGAGCUAUUGCCCAAUGACGAGAACUACCCCCGAAUCUGCAACAGUGGUGGUGCCAGCUACCCCUCGUACAUCGUCGAUCUCAACGACAUUGCCCCCAACAUGCUCGAAGCCAGUAUUGCCAACGGACAAAUCAAGUCCUUGAAGGCAUACUCUUUGCUCAUGACUGUUGAGGGCCAUGGAGCUGCCGUCAAUGCGAUGCAACUUAACGGCGAUGAGAUUGUGACUGCAUCCGGGGACCGCAUGAUCAAGGUCUGGAAUAUUCGCAACGGUACUUGCUUGAAGACCUUGAUGGGCCAUGAGAAGGGUAUUGCAUGUGUUCAAUUCGAUAGUCGCCGCAUCAUCAGUGGCAGCAACGAUAACACGGUGCGUAUCUAUGAUCAUAUCUCCGGAGCCGAGGUGGCCUGCUUGCGUGGACACAACAAUCUGGUCCGCACAGUGCAGGCAGGAUUCGGCGAUCCUCCCGGUGCAGACGAGGCUCUACGAAUGGAGGCCCUGGAGGUCGAGACUGCCUUUUGGAAAGCUCAACAAGAGGGUGCACCUGUACACCUUGGCCCAAGCGCGUUGCGUCGUGCUGGAUACCAAUCAAACACUGCUGGAUCUAGAGAUCCCCGCGAUAUCCGAGCUAUUGGGGCUAAGAUUCCUCCAGGUGGAGGAGGCAGUUCCUGGGCCCGCAUCGUGUCGGGCUCCUACGACGAGUCGAUUUUGAUCUGGCACAAGGACCGUGAUGGCGCAUGGACAAUCGGCCACCGGCUGCGACAAGCGGAUGCUGCAGUCAAUGCAGCUCGUGGGAACCUGAGCGACGCAGCACGGGCUGCUAUACAAGCCCAGGUCCGACAGCUGCAAGCAGCUCAAGCCCCUGUAGCUGCGCCUGCGCCCGCGCCUGUAGUCCAGCAACCUGCGACCACCCAAAACAAUACCCAAGCUGCCGAUCAAGACACUGCCGAGGACACACCAACGCCACCUGCCACCAACAACAAUACUCAAAUCCCUCCAGGACCCCAAGAUGGUAGUAGUGCCACUGGGCCAUCCACAGCUGGCACCGCUACCCACCCCACUUCUCAACCAACACAGCCUGCAGCACAAGCCACAGCACCGGCUCCAAUGCCUCCUCCUCCGGCGGCGGCAGCAGCAGCAAUCCCACACCCAAUCGCUGUUGGACAUCAGCUUCACCACCCUCAUCGAAAUCGAGCCACACCUCCCACAUCAAGAGUAUUCAAAGUCCAAUUCGACUCACGCAAGAUUGUCUGCGCGAGCGUGGACCCACGAAUCGUCGGAUGGGACUUUGCAUGCGGUGACGAGGAGAUAUUGGAAGCUUGUCAAUUCUUCCGAGGCCUUUGA